GAAAAUUUUCACCCAUCAAAUUCCAAACUAUCACUUACGAGGGCAACAAUGACAGGUGGAUAGCAGGGCACAAUGGGCGUUUCGGUCAAGUCAGAAUUGAAUUUUCUGCUUCUUGGUACGUUUUAUAUGCUUUAUUCUCGUGUUUGUUUCACAGCUUUUACAGCAUAGACUGUGCAGCUGAAGCGCCCUGGCAUCACCUUCCGUUAAGCUCCAGUCCAUGAUUAGCAAGUUCUCAACCACUAGGGAAGACGAGAUGCCGUUCGCUGCGAACCGUUCUCGUGCGUCCUCGAUGUCUACUGCUGUCGAAUGGGAGAAUGAGUUGCGUUGCCUACAUGCCAGCCUGUUAUGUAACCGGUUACUCAACGGAACAGCGAGAAACUCAUUUUAAAAUGUCCAUCCGGUGGAUCCCGGGACAUGGCAACGUCGACGGGGACAAACUCGCAGAUAUGUGGCCUUCGGUUGGCCCAGCAUCACACUUACUUCCGAGACGUGAUCCAAGAAAACAGAUUACGCUGUGGUAUACACGCACAGAUCAUCAUCAAUGAAUCCCGUGUCUCUAGAACCCAUAGUGAUAACCGGUUAUUUCCUAUACGCGAUCUCGGGGAUCAGAUGGCAGACACCCUCCUCUGGGAUUAUGCAUGCGCAGACUUGAAUGUGGCAUGGCAAAUGAAUGUCGACGACAGGACUGAUACCUCAUGCUCCCUCGUUCGAACUUGGGCCGAGCGCGGGUUCUUGAUGUCCCACCCGGUGCAAGGACGUAGAAGCGCGGUGCAAGGGGGAGCAACGAUGAAAGGGAGGGUCAUGAAAGCGACGAAGAAGCAGACUGCUGCGCCUAACAAGCUUGCACCGAAACCGAGCAGUCUGGGGAUUGGAGUCUGCGCUGAGAAGAGUGGUGGUAGGUUUGCUUGUGUCGUCGCUUCUGAAGUCGUUUUUCUUUUGAUUCUUUGUGAAAGGAAGGUAUGGGUAUUUUCCUAUCGAGAUGGGCUUGCAGCUGGUGUCUUCUGUCUCUAUCAUUACAUCACUGGUAUCGUACAUCCUUCUAUCGCAGACAUGCAGGCUAACUAUAUACAUCUUAUGCUCUGCAUCAGUUUGGAAGGUGCUACAAAUGACGUAUCUGACAGUUGGAGUGCAAAGUCAAGUUGUCGCGAACGAGUCAUGCACAACAACGUUGGAUGUGCUUAUAGCGCAUCGUGUUUCUUGAAGUUCGAAAGCAUCAAAAGGUGA